AGGGCAGGCUGGGAAGCGGCGCCAUAUUGGCGUCGGCCGCGCUGUAUUGUCAUAAAUAGAGCCGGUUUUGUGGUGUUUUUCGCUACUCGGUUGGAUGCCUCGGCCGUAGUAAGUGAGAAAGUGAGCAAGCAAGCGAGCUACAGGCGACUGGAGCAAAGUGGGCAGCGGGAGAAGGGAAAAACGAGAGAAAGACUCCAGUGCGAAAGACACUCGCCGGUGAGGAAGACGCAGGAAGCGAUGAAAGAGAUGUCUGCAAACACCGUGCUGGACAGCCAGCGUCAACAAAAGCAUUAUGGAAUCACCUCUCCGAUUAGUUUGGCAUGUCCUAAAGAAAUAGAUCAUAUUUACACACAGAAAUUAAUUGAUGCCAUGAAACCAUUUGGAGUGUUUGAAGAUGAGGAAGAAUUGAACCACAGGUUGGUUGUUCUUGGCAAAUUGAAUAAUUUAGUAAAAGAAUGGAUUUCUGAUGUCAGUGAGAGUAAGAAUCUCCCACCUUCUGUUGUGGCUACUGUUGGUGGUAAAAUUUUUACAUUUGGCUCCUAUAGGCUUGGAGUACACACCAAAGGAGCUGAUAUUGAUGCACUUUGUGUAGCUCCAAGGCAUGUGGAGAGAUCUGAUUUUUUUCAGUCUUUUUUUGAAAAAUUGAAACAUCAAGAUGGCAUUAGAAACUUAAGAGCUGUAGAAGAUGCCUUUGUACCUGUUAUAAAAUUUGAAUUUGAUGGAAUUGAAAUUGAUCUAGUCUUUGCAAGACUGGCAAUACAAACCAUAUCAGAUAAUUUAGAUAUAAGAGACGACUCUCGACUGAGAAGCCUUGAUAUAAGGUGUAUUCGCAGCCUAAAUGGAUGUAGAGUUACUGAUGAAAUUUUGCAUUUAGUGCCAAAUAAAGAAACUUUCAGACUCACCUUAAGAGCAGUCAAACUAUGGGCAAAACGGCGUGGUAUUUAUUCCAACAUGCUGGGAUUCCUUGGUGGUGUGUCCUGGGCAAUGCUAGUUGCAAGAACUUGCCAGUUAUAUCCAAAUGCAGCAGCUUCUACUUUAGUUCAUAAGUUCUUCUUAGUUUUUUCCAAGUGGGAAUGGCCAAAUCCUGUGCUGCUGAAGCAACCAGAAGAAAGCAAUUUGAAUUUGCCUGUUUGGGAUCCUCGGGUAAAUCCAUCAGAUAGGUAUCAUCUCAUGCCCAUAAUCACCCCUGCCUACCCACAACAGAAUUCUACGUAUAAUGUGUCCACAUCAACUCGAACAGUAAUGGUAGAAGAAUUUAAACAAGGUCUUGCAGUCACGGAUGAGAUUCUUCAAGGGAAAUCAGACUGGUCCAAACUACUUGAGCCACCAAAUUUUUUUCAAAAAUAUAGACAUUAUAUAGUAUUGACUGCCAGUGCAUCAACAGAAGAAAAUCAUCUAGAGUGGGUUGGAUUAGUAGAAUCUAAAAUCCGAGUACUUGUUGGAAAUUUGGAACGGAAUGAAUUUAUUACUCUUGCCCAUGUAAAUCCUCAGUCAUUCCCAGGAAAUAAGGAACACCAUAAAGACAACAAUUACGUAUCAAUGUGGUUCCUCGGAAUAAUUUUUCGGAGAGUUGAAAAUGCAGAAAGUGUUAACAUAGACUUGACAUAUGAUAUACAGUCUUUUACUGAUACAGUGUACAGACAGGCAAACAAUAUAAACAUGCUAAAGGAGGGCAUGAAAAUCGAAGCAACUCAUGUUAAAAAAAAACAACUUCAUCAUUACCUACCAGCAGAGAUUCUUCAAAAGAAGAAAAAGCAAAGUCUUUCUGAUGUCAGUCGAAGUUCAAGUGGACCUCAAUCCAAACGAUCAUCUCUGGAUAACAGUUGUUUGGAUAGCUCCAGAGACACUGAUAAUGGAACACCUUUUAAUUCCCCAAUAUCUAUAAAUAAACCUUCCAAGCCUGAUAUUCCUCCUUCAGGAGAAACAGAAAGGAAUAAUGCUGAAGCUGCUGCUAUAAAAGUAGAAAAGCUGCUGAGUGUCCCACCAGCUCAAGGACUAUCUAUUCCAGUCAUUGGUGCAAAAGUUGAUUCUGCAGUAAAAGCUGUAUCACCCCCAGCUGUGUGCACUAUUCCUACUGUAGUAGGACGAAAUGUCAUUCCUAGAAUCACAACACCUCACAGUCCUGCCCAGGGACAGCCACAUCUGAAUGGAAUGUCAAAUAUAACUAAAAAUGUUACACCCAAGAGAUCCCAUUCUCCAUCCAUAGAUGGGUCUUCUAAGAGAUUGAAAGACAUAGAAAAGUUUAUUCGACUGGAAUCAACAUUUAAGGAAUCACAUGCUGCUGAAGACAGAAAAAGAAAAUCAGUGGAUGCCGUUGGAGGAGAGUGUAUGCCAAUUCCCACUAUUGAUACAUCACGCAAAAAGAGACUGCUCAGUAAAGAACUACCAGAUUCUUCAUCUCCAGUUCCAGCAAAUAACAUCCGGGUCAUCAAAAAUUCCAUCCGACUAACACUUAAUCGCGGAAGACAAGAAUGAAAUCUGAUAACAAAGUUUUAGUUUCCUUGGCAAAGCUUUAUUCAGAUAUUUUGAGAUUUGUUCUAUAAAUACUCUAUUUGGGCACAAGUGAAUGAUUAUGGAAGGACCGAAUAUCUGUCACCUGACUUCAACCUUGGAAAAAUUCCUCAGUAAGAGAUUUAAAUUUUAUAUGUGUGAUGUGUUCACAUUCCUGUAUUUAAUAUCUAGCUAUUAUCCCCUUGUUAUCAGUCCUCAAAAUCUCUCAAGAAUUCCCUAUAUAUAUGUUUACCCUGUUACAUAAACAGAUUCUUAGGAGUGACUGGUGGAGUUUUUCUUUAAUAAGAAAAUAAUAGGCUUUACUCUUGUACUUCAGUCAUUUCUCUUGUUUAAGUGUCCAUUCAUCAUGGGGUUAAGACAGCCAAUGGUUCAGCAUUAGAUUCCUCAAGACUCUGAGACGGUUUGGUCAGAAAUGAAGUGCUUUCUAACCUGAACAGUAGGUAGAACAUGUGGUACGUCUUGUUACCAUAGUGGGAGACCUCCACUGUGCUGAUUCCAAGCAAGUAAAAGCUGGGGGAGGUAUGAUCUGGGAUGGGAAGGGAUGGUCAGGCACUGAGUAGAUGUGUUUGGUUUCAAGUGUGAAGUUAUACCUAGAAAUGUAUUUUAUAAAGUCAGGUAAUCUGUUCACCAGUAUGAAGAUAGAUGCAUGUUCAUUUUCACAAGGGUAUUAGAUUUUUUAAUCUCAUUUUUUAAAAGUGACUGGCUCUGAAGAACAGUAUAUAUUAAAGGAAAACAAUUAUCUGCUAGCUUAAACCUUAGGGGCUUCACUAAUUUGAGACAGGGUACAUGGCUUAAAACCUUGUAAAAUUGGGGCAAAAGAAUGAAUUUUAAAAGACUUGUGCUUACAGUAUGAGUAACUGUCUUAAGGCAGGAAUUUACUAACAUUAAAAUGCUUACUUUAGUAGCAAUGAAAUAAAAACAAUGUUUGAAAUGGGCUUAUUUUCCACUGUGUCCUGCAGCUUUGAAACAGGAAUUCCUAACUUGGCAGUUAUGGACCCUAGGAAAUUCUACCAAAUGUAUUAAAAGUUUUUGUUUAUAUGUAUUUUCUGGGAGGAGUUUUCAUCAGCUUCUCAGAGUGGUUCAAGACCCUAAUAGUAAAGUGUUAGGAACCACAGCUUUCCAGGAUUGAAUAUCCUGGACUCAGAAUUUUUUUCCUUAAGAUUUAUUUGUGGUAUAUUUCUGAAAAUGUACUGUGUCUCUUAUUAAAGUGGUCUGAUGGAGGACUCUGGAACACCAAAUUUCUCUCCACAUUUCUAUAUAUAUUUCAGAUGAAACUAUCAGUAUUUAGAAAAAUGCUUACUAUUGGAUUUAUAAAUGUCCUUAUGUUAACUUAGAUUUCUUAGGUCAAACUAGUCAACAAAUUUCAAUCUAAGAUUGAUCAAAGAAGAGAAUGAUCAUUAGAAAUGGUAAAAGAAUCUGUCAUUAAAGAUCCUAAUUCUUUGGUUUCAGUAGCAAUAAAGUUCUGUCUUGGCUCCUCCAUGUUUGUGGUUCUGAACAGGACAGACUGAACAGACCAAUAAAUAGAAUAGUUCUUAAAAAGUUGUGUGUGUUUAAUAAAUAACUACCCAUUAAAUCUCCCAAAGCUUGUAAUUUAGCUCAUGAUGAUAGUAAGAAAUAGUACAGAUAAUGGAAGAAAAACCAGUCUCAAUAAUGGUAACUAUUGCCUUAGGAUUUUUUUAAAGAAUUGUACAAGGUCAAAUCCUUAACAGAUUCCCCACUUUUUUUUUCUGAAAUAACUUUUCUGGUAUAAUUUUAUAUUUGAAGUUAGUUGAACAUAAGAUUAUCAUUAGGUUUGCUAUAGUUUUUAAGCUGCUGCUUAAUUUUAACAAAGACCUACAUAGUCAGUCACCUUAUAAAGUACUUAGGAUAUCUUUGAGGUAAAUGGUGCUACAUCACUCCACAGUGUUAAUGUAAAAUGAAUGCAGCUGUUGGUCCUUUCUGGAUAGCUGUAUAGUUAUAUUUUUCCUGCCUUUUAUUUGAAUUGUCUUCUUAGCUGUACACAGAAGCCUCAUUACCUGUCUGGAAUAAGAAAUCAAAUAAACUUGCUUUGAUAAAUAGGUGUUAAUGAUUCAUAUUAUUUGGGAGUAACUCAAAAGUACCAGACAUCUUUAGUUUCAAGCUGAGAGCCAGUCUUGUAGUUUACAACUCAGACCCUUUUUGGCAGGUAGUGGUAUCCACUACCUGAUGAAAUAUGAAAGCAAAGGUCAUAGUCUGUCUCAGAAUUGCUUAUGAAACUUUUACUAGCAAGCAGUAGUACAAAAGUAGCUUCUGCCUCACAUACUGGGGGCAAAAUUCUGUCACCGUUUUAAUCAACAUCAGGCCAUCACAAUCCUCUACUAAUGGCUGGACAGAGGGUCUUGGAUUUAGCAAUCAGAACUGGGUCCUAUCUACAGAAGUACAAGUUACAGAGCUUGUUACAUUCUAGUUAAUAAACAGUGACUUGUUCUUAGCCAAUUGACAUAUUUUGAAUACUAGUAAUUCACAAGAGCCUGUGUCUACAUAAGAUUAGUAAGCCAUUCAUGGCACCAAUGGAAAUACAUUUGACAUUUUAUUAAGCUAGUUAGCAAAACCUCUGUAUUGAAUGAGCUAUGAGUAAAACAGCUUCUAGGAGUCACUUGUGAAGUGUCUCCCUGAUUGGAGACACCAUCUGACUAUCUCUGGAGUGUGAAUUUCUGUUCUGAUUAGGAUAACUCACAACUCCUAGGAUAGGACUUAACACAAUUAUCACACUAUGCUGAAAUGUGUUAAAGUAAAUGAACAUCAUAACAGACUGUGGAUCCAAAUGUGUUAUGGUUUAUUAAGGGCAAAAUAUAAUUUACUGCUUUUAAAACACAUGUUCUAAAAACUAUAUUUUAUGAUAGUUCUAUCUAGCCAAACUUUUACCUAUUAGUCCUUAAAAAGACAAAACUCAAAACCCUUCCUUGCCAAUCUGAUUAUUGACAUUUGGGGCCUAAUGGCUGCAUAAAGCCUUCCAUGAUAACCUGGCCAGAGUGCAUCAUUCUACCUUCCUAAUGUGUUACAUUACCUUAUUUAACAUUUCAAUUCUACAUAUGUAACGUUCAGUUUACCCCUUUGUUUCCCCUGACAAAGUUGUAGGUCUGAGAGUAGUAACCUUUAAGAAUCUGUUGUGUAGGUACCCAGAAAAUGAUCAAGAGGAAAAUGCAUGAGCCUUACUUGGUUUUGAUUUUUUUUUUUUGAUU